UGUCCAGGGACAGCCUGUCAAACACACAGAGCUAGCAGUGCUGUAUAGUUGGAACUUUUUUUUUAAGAGACUGUUAAUAAUCAAAUCCCUGACUGACAAAUUCAAGAUGGGGAACAUGCAAUGCCCUGCUGAGGACGCAGCCCUCCUGGCCUCUGUUGCUCGAGACAUCUGCCCUUUUCCAGACUUCCACCCCAAUCCUCUUUUCGUCAACAUGCUGUCCGUCAAGUAUUCACUUCAUGUGAGGAACCACUACACAACAGUGCAGUCCUCCCUGACACCCAAGCAGUUGGAGGACUUCACCCAGAACCUGAGGACCACUUUUGGCAGGGAGGGCAAGGUCACUCUCGGUGGGGUAGGGGUAGUGGCUCUGUCACUGGCUAUGCUGUUUGACACUCUUGCCAGACAGGCCAGAGGAGAGUGGGUGCCAGACUCAGGGCCGAUUCCUGGUUUAUUUCUCAAAAAUGUGAGAGGGUACUACCCACCACAUGUCUACACAGUCAGUGAGUACCUGAGGCUCGUACCCUAUAUUGCAAACAACCCCACCAGGAUGAAAAAGGAAUCACAGAGGUACCUCAAGCAGUUAAAAAUUGAUGACCAAUUGUUGGACAAAAUUUUUGGAGAAAACAACACAUUUCCAGAAAUGGAUGAAACAACAGCACUCAAUGUGGUUCUGGGAAAGUUUUUUGCAGGCAGUUUGAAGCUUCACCUCCACCGCAUCAGAAACACUACAGCUAAAGAGGUGUUCAGAUCUGAUAGGCUACCAUCAGCUGAUAUUAUCUAUAAUCUCAACUGUGACUCAGAAACAGCCAACAACAAUUUUUUAGACAAAAUGCAAAAAUCUGUAAUUCGUACCCGAGAAGCUUUUAAAAGCUGCAAGUCAAGAAGUGACCUGCUCUACAUUGCCAGGCUAGAAUUCAUAGAUGCCAGUUUCCUCCCCUUCCAUGCAGGUGAAUAUAGGAGUACUGCUUCAAUGAUUGCCCAUAGAGAAGAUUUUGACCUGAAGGCCGAUGCACUCAGAAAAUGGGUAAUGUAGAUCAUUGUCCUAUUAAAAGAAAAAUUCAAAGUAUAUGUUCAAAGGAAAACAAAAGGAAAACAAAAUAAAAGAAAGUGAUCAAAAUCAAGAUCAGAUACAUAAAGUGGAACAUGAAACUGGUGGAAUCCAUAAAGCCAGAUUAGUCGUUGGUAAAAUGUGUAUGGACAUUAUGCAGGGAUAACCAGGAAUGUGA